AUGGGAGGCCACGGUGGUCUAAACAUACUGCCACAGAAGAAGUGGAACGUGUAUCGCCAUGAUCGGCAGUAUCAAGUGAAGUUCGAUGAGCAUCGAGACAUAGAAAAAAAACUAAAGGACAAAGAACUCACUAAAAGGGAAUUUCUGAGUGAUUCACUGGUUGAACUGAGGAGAAGAGCGCAGGAUGUAAGGAAUAGGGACAUAGAAGUGGAACAUCCAGUGAAAAAAAGGAAACCGUCCUCACAUAAGCACAAUAGGACCAAGAAGUCGGAUGAAAAAGAGUCCGAUGAUGAUAAUAUUCCAUCAGAAACAGUUUCAAAGCCGCCUGAAAAGAAAUCAACGGGCCAUAUAAAUUUUUUUGAAAAAGAAGAGAGAGAAGCCGAAGAAUUAAGUAAUAAGAGGAGAGAGCAUUUAAUUAAAAGUGGUCAUUAUAUAUAUAAUAAGGACUCAAGGGGUCCACAGAAAAUAAACGUGUUCGUAGACGACGAAAACGCAAAAGUAACACCAGAUUUUAAAAAGCAGCCAAUUCCAUGGUAUAUGAAGCCAAAGAGUGAUGUAUCAUAUUAUUCAGAAAAGGAAUUCAAGGAAAAUGGAACAUCAGACUUAUUGGCAAAAGAAUCGAAAAAAUAUCGCAAAUCAAAGGAAGAGCUCAGAAAUGAAAGAUUAUCCAGAGAAUCUUCAGAAAGAGAAAGAGCUUUAGCACUUUUGAAGUCAAAAUAA